AUGAGGGCUUGCGCGCUCUUCUCCCGCCUCCACCCGCGACCCGCCACGUGUCUAUCUGCCGCUCGUCGCCACUUGAGCAGCUCGCCAAUGGGGUUCGUCCCCGCCACGUGUCAAUCAAAAGUGCAGUUAGUGGAGCUGCAGGGGCAGGGGCUGGCGGAGCGCAAGGCCGCCAUCCAUGAUGUGCGUUGGGGGGAGGGUUUAAAGGGGGAAGAGUGGGGGGGAGGAGGGGGAAGAGUGCGGGGGAAGGGGGAAGAGACAGAGGGCAAGAAGCUGCAGGGGCAGGGCCUGGCGGAACACAAAGCUGCCAUCCAUGAUCUACGAGUGGUGCCCCUAGAAGGGCCUUCACGCUACAUCCGACCACGGAGCAUUCGAUACGAGCAGCAUGGCAAGGACCGUCGAUGGGACAUGGUGCAAUCGCAUCCGUCCGUUGCAGUGCUGCUCUUUCACACAGAGCUGCAGCUGCUGCUCAUGGUGAGGCAGUUCCGCCCCACAGUUCUCGCAGCAGCAGCGGCGGCAGCAGCAGAGGCGGAGGCAGAGGGGGGAGAGGAGGGUGUGGAGCUGACGGGGGACCUUGAGACUGCCUUUACCUACGAGCUGUGUGCGGGCCUGGUGGACAAGGCAGGCAAGGACCUCAGGCAGAUCGCCAAGGAGGAGGUAUUAGAGGAGACAGGAUACGACGUGCCUCUGGAGUCACUGCAGCUGGUGACGGCUGCUCUCACGUCCGUGGGCAUAUCUGGAGCUCGGCAGACCAUGUUCUAUGCAGAGGUGAACGAGGCGCAGAGAACUCACGCUGGGGGAGGCAAGGAGGAGGAGGGCGAGGCCAUAGACGUGGUGGGGCUACCUCUCGCACAGCUGGACGCCUUCAUUGCUGACGUGGACCUCCCCAAGAGCCCUGGGGGGCUGUUUGGGGUCGCGUGGUUCAAAGCUACAGUGCUGCCCACGUUACAAGGCUUGAACUGA